AUGUAAUAAGUGGCUCCAGAAAUACAAACUACUUUUGAUGAAUUGCUUAAACCAGUUUUAGAGAGAAUUGAAUUUUUAAAAGAAAGAGAUCAAUCAAAUGAGUUACUAAUCAAAAAUCUAUUUGACUAAAUGAGUGAAUUAAAAACAUUAAUAGGAAAUCUAAAACCUAUAAAAUUGGAUGAUGAGAAGAGUAAUAAAAAAUAAUAUUUAAUAGAAAUUGUCAAAUAAGAUCUUAAAAAGGAAAAUCAUUAAAAUAAUGGUAUUUUGAAAUUAAUAAAUUCCCACCAUAUGAUUAGAUGUUAAAAAGAUUGAGCGUCCAUCUACUGCAGUAGUUACAAAAAACUCAGCUCCUGUAAAAGUAAAGGAUCCUAAACCUAUUACAGCUCCAAAACCUUUAAGUCAGAGCACAAUUAUAGAAAAGACAACAAGACCUGUUGAAAUUGAAAAAAGUAUUUUAUACAUAAAUUCACUUUUUAUUAGACUAACCAAAAUCUCCAAAAGAAGGAAAUCAAAAUAAAUCUAAAUAAUAAUAGCCACCUUAACCUAAACCAAAACCUAUAGUUCAAUCAUAAUAGAAAUAAUAAUAAUAAAUCAAAGAAACUAAAGAAUAAACUAUUAAAUAGACACCCUAAACAAAAGAUGAUAAAAAAGUUGAAAAAUAGCCACAAAAAUCAAAAACUACUUAACCAAACCCUUAACUUAUAUAAACAGAGAAAAAAGAAGAUAAAAAAGAUAAAAAGACAGAUACUAAACCUACUUAAAUAUAGAAUACAAAAUAACCUGAUUAGAAAGUAACAGACAAAAAAACUGAUGAUAAAAAGAUUAUGAAGAAAGGAAAAUUACCUGAAGAAACCUAAAAUAAAAAUGAAUAAUAAACUGAUGAAUAAUUUUAAUAAUAAUAAUAAAAUGCACCUAAGACUUAAGAUAAUAGUGAAUAGAAUUAAUAAGAGAAUUAAUCAUAGUAAUAAACAGUUGAAUAAAAAGAAAUUUAAGAAACUUAGACAGAAGUUCCUAUCAUUUAAAAUAUUUAAGUCUAAGAGUAAUCAGUAAAAUAAUUAUCAGAGAAUUAAGAUUAAUUGACAUAAAACCAACAAGUUUAAGAAGUCAAUGAAAUUUUACCAGAAAAACCUGAAAAUCAAUAAUUAGAAGUAAUUUGA